AUGGUAUCAAUUGUUAUACAAGCAAUCACUAUUGUUGUAGUUGCUGUACCUGAAGGUCUACCAAUGGCUGUUACACUCGCACUUGCAUAUGCAACAACUCAAAUGAUCAAAGAUAAUAACUUGGUUCGUGUAUUAUCUGCUUGUGAAACGAUGGGUAAUGCAACUGCUGUGUGCUCAGAUAAAACUGGUACAUUGACACAAAAUAAAAUGACUGUGGUGGAAGGUGUUCUUGCCCAAAAAUCAUUCGAAAGCGUUGAUGAUAUUAAUGCAUGGAAAGAAGGAGUUGAUUCAGCUGUUUAUGAAAUUAUUGUUGAAAAUAUUACUAUCAACUCAUCGGCAUUUGAAGAUAAAGAUGAAAAAGGAAAUCUUGAUUUUGUUGGAUCUAAAACCGAAUGUGCAUUACUUGGAUUUUCUAAAAGAUUCGGUGUUGAUUAUAAUACGUAUAGACAUGAAAAUAAACAAGUCAAAGUUUAUCCAUUUGCAUCUCAAAGAAAGACCAUGACUUCCAUAAUCAAGUUAGGCUCGUCAUCGGUUAGUUUACGCGGCAAAGCAACUGCUUCCAAUGCUGAAUAUCGUGUAUUGGUCAAAGGUGCAUCAGAAAUGGUAUUGAGUUCUUGUACUCAUUUUGUGGAUGCUCAAGGACAAACUCAAGAAUUCGAUAAAGAUUCAAAAUUGAAAUUCGAACAAACAAUCAGCAAUUUUGCAAAUAAAGCUUUACGUACCAUUGGAAUGGCAUAUCGUGACAUUACUUCUAACGAUUUCCAAAAGAUUACUGACGAGGAACCACCACUUGAGAAAUUGAUUUGUUUGGGUAUAGUUGGUAUUCAAGAUCCUCUUCGUCCUGGUGUGGUUGAAUCAGUUCACGCAUUUAAAAGAGCUGGUGUGUCGGUUAGAAUGAUCACUGGUGAUAAUAUCUUGACAGCUAGUGCUAUUGCACGUAAUGCUGGUAUUCUUACCAAGGGUAUUGCAAUGACUGGACCAGAGUUUAGAAAUUUGAAUAAGGAAGAACAGUUAGCAAAGGUGGCCCGUCUUCAAGUACUUGCCAGAUCGUCACCAACAGACAAAACCAUAGUUGUUUCACGAUUAAAGGAAUUGGGCGAAGUGAUUGCGGUGACUGGUGAUGGUACUAAUGAUGGACCAGCGUUGAAAUUGGCAGAUGUUGGAUUUAGUAUGGGAAUAGCAGGAACAGAAGUAGCUAAAGAAGCAUCAGCAAUUAUUUUGAUGGAUGACAACUUCAAUUCAAUUGUCAAAGCAUUGAAAUGGGGUAGAGCCGUUAAUGAUAGUGUCAGAAAAUUCUUACAAUUUCAACUUACAGUCAACAUUGCCGCCGUUGUAUUAUCAUUUACCAGUGCAGUUACUAGUGAUGAUAAUGAAUCGAUUUUGACAGCAGUACAAUUGCUCUGGGUCAAUCUUAUUAUGGACACGUUGGCAGCACUUGCAUUAGCAACAGAACCACCAACCGAUGAACUUCUUAAUCGACGACCAACAUCCAAGACUGCGUCAUUGAUCAGUUAUAGAAUGUGGAAGAUGAUUAUUGGACAAGCAAUUUUCCAAAUUAUAAUCAAUUUGUUUGUUAUUAGCAUGGGAGCUGCAAUUUUCCAUCUUGAUGAAGACGAUAAACAUGACAAGGUUGUCUUGCGUUCCAUAGUAUUUAAUACUUUUGUAUUUUUACAAGUCUUCAAUGAGAUAAAUUGUCGAAGUAUUGACGAUAAUUUGAAUGUAUUCAGAAACAUUUUCCAUAAUCACAUAUUUAUUAUUGUGCAAAUAGUGGUUCUAGGAGGACAAUUUUUGAUUGUGGAGUAUGGAGGAGUGGCAUUUGGAACUACGAAAUUAACAUGGUAUCAAUGGCUUGUCACUGUAUUGAUUGGAUCCCUUUCAUUGCCUAUAGGACUUAUCAUAAGAUUGUUACCCAACUUUUGUGUGCCAGAGAGUAUUUUGAAUGAAGACUUCAAGCCAAGUGUUAGUGAGGCUAAAAUGCAAUGGGAAUCGGGAGUUGAGAAACUGAGAGUUUUCUCUAAAUUAAGAAAGCCAAUAAUACGUGGUUCAUCUGGCGCACUCGUCGACUCUAAAUCAAAAUCAAAGCCUAGGUCAGGUGGUGAAUCUAAACCAAAAGCAAAUUUUGCUAAUAUUGUAAGUAAAGCAAAAAAUCAACAAAGAAGAGGUGGUGGUGAAACUAGUACAUCUAGUUAA